AUGUCCGCCACAAACCAAAUCCCUGCGUCCGUCACUAAUGUGGGACAAGAAAUAAUAGGCACGGUGUCUCCCGCCCCAAAAUCACUGGCAGUUCAUCAUAUUCCAGAACGGAGUCAUUCUGAGAAGCUGUAUGACACUGGUAAUAGCGAGCUGCUUGCGACAACGAACGAUACAGAUGUUUUAAUUGUUGACUGGGACGGUCCCGAUGACCCCCAAAAUCCUAAAAAGUACGUUGUGUCAGCAGAGCAGCAUGCUCGUUGGACUUAUAGUUCUUGUACAGUUGGAGCUAUAGACGCAAAUGGGCCGCGACAAUCAUUAUAUCAUCGUUUCACUUUCAUCAGUCCAGUUUCGUCCUCUAUGAUUGCGCCCGCUACUGGCCAAGUGGCUUCUUCCUUCGGAAUUGACAAUGAUGUUAUACUUGCACUCACAACGUCCAUCUUCGUGCUUGCGUAUGCCAUGGGGCCAUUGGUUCUAGGUCCAUUGAGUGAGAUUUAUGGACGGUCACGCGUUUUGCAAUUGGCAAAUCUAUGGUAUCUCGUAUGGAAUCUUGUCUGUGGAUUCGCACAGUCAGAAUCCCAGCUUAUUGUCUUCCGAUUUCUUGCUGGCCUCGGAGGCAGCGCACCUUUGUCGAUUGGCGGUGGCUUUCUUGGGGACUGCUGGCAACCACAUGAACGAGGAAAAGCUGCUGCCAUUUACACCUUAGCUCCACUAAUGGGCCCCGUCCUGGGACCAAUCACGGGCGCCUGGGUGGCUCAAUAUUCGACCUGGAGAUGGGUGUUCUGGUCUACGUCCAUUGUGGAUGCAGCCGUUCAGAUCGUUGGAGCGUUUGCGCUUCAAGAGAGAAGGCAGAUCGGAUUCGCAGAUCGAUGGAUGCCUGAAAAAGCGCCGUACAGAGAAAUCCGCACCGUUUUCGAAAGUCAAGAUCGCUCUUGGCGAACCAUCAUGGCUAAAUCACUCAUCCGCCCUUUUGCACUCUUCGCCCAUGAGCCGAUCGUGCAGCUCCUCGGCGUUUACAUGGCGUAUCUAUACGGGAUAUUGUAUCUAUUUUUGACAACGAUGCCAUCGAUCUUCGAGGGCAUAUACCAGCAGCCGGUAGGCAUCGCCGGCCUUCAUUACGCUGCACUUGGCAUAGGAUUGUUAGUGGCGUCCCAAUUAAAUGCGAGAACAAUGGACAAGGUUUACAUUUAUCUGACGAACAAAUACGGUGGAGUUGCGAAGCCGGAGUUUAGAUUGCCUGCUAUGGUUCCCGGAUCUCUACUGCUCCCAAUAGGGUGCUUGAUUGUAGGCUGGACUGCUGAAGCUCAUACUUAUUGGAUAGCUCCAGAUAUUGGUAUUGCGCUAGUGGGAGCAGGCAUCAUUCUGAAUUUCCAGUGUACCCAGACCUACAUCAUCGAUUGCUUUACGCUUCAUGCCGCUUCUGCUAUGGCCGCUGUCUCCUGUUUGCGGUCACUAGCAGGCUUUGGAUUUCCAUUGUUUGCUCCAGCGAUGUACAACGCACUCGGGUUCGGGAAAGGCGACACUAUUCUAGUAGUCGUGGCAAUCGUCUUAGGCUGUCCUGCGCCCUGGAUACUUUGGCAUUACGGGGAGCGGAUACGGAACAGCAGUAGACAUGCGCGGUAA